AUGAAUGACAGGUACCACAAGGCGGCCCGGGACGGCUACCUGGACCUGCUGAAGGAGGCCACCCGCAAGGACCUCAACGCGCCCGACGAGGAUGGCAUGACGCCGACGCUAUGGGCGGCCUACCACGGGAACCUGGAGGCUCUGCGCCUCAUCGUGGCCAGGGGAGGGAAUCCCGACAAGUGCGACAUAUGGGGAAACACGCCGCUCCACCUGGCCGCCGCCAACGGUCACCACAACUGCCUUUUCUUCCUGGUGUCGUUCGGUGCCAACGUGUGGUGCCUGGACAACGACUACCACACCCCGCUGGACAUGGCCGCCACCAAGAAUCACAUGGACUGCGUCCGCUACCUGGACUCCAUCGCCUCCAAGCAGAUGGGCCUCAACCCCAAACUGGUGAACAAGCUGAAAGAGCGGGCCUUCCGAGACGCGGAACGGCGCAUCAAGGAGUGCGCCAAGAUGCAGAAGAAGCACCACAAGCGCAUGGAGAAGAAGUUUCAGAAGGAAGCCCCCGAGGCGUCCUUGUCUGACGUCAUGAGUUUUUCCAGUUACAGCAGCAGCUCGGUCAGCCACAAGCUGCACAACUUCAACGCCGCCACCGUCAGUGUGCCAUAUUCGCAGGCUACGCUUCACGCCACGAACCGAGGGAAAACCAAGAUCCAGAAGAAGCUGGAGAAAAAGAAACAAGGAGACGGGACUUUCAAGAUCUACGAGGACGGGAGAAAGAGCGUGCGCUCCCUCUCCGGACUCCAACUGGGCAACGACGUCAUGUUCAUGAAACCCGGAACGUACGUGGGCCCCAAGGAUUAUGGGCGCCGCAACGUCCGCGACAUGUUCCCCAGAGAGCACGACGACGACGCCAUUUCACGUGCCAUCAGCGAGCCGGACCUUCACGCCGUCCCGUCGGAGGUCAGCACCGACUCGGGACACGAUUCCCUGUUCAACCGGCCCGGGCUGGGCACCAUGGUCUUCAGGAGAAACUAUGUCAGCGGAGGGAUGUUCGACCUGGGCGACCCGGACGGAGCCGACGGCCCGGGUGACGGCGCGCGCCUUCGCAGCAGAGCGCACCCUCGCCGCAGCCUGGACGACGACAGCAUCGGAAGCGCUCGCAGCUUGCAGGAGAGGAAUCUGGAGGAGCUCCCCUGGGAGGAGGUGGAAUUGGGACUGGACGAUGACGACGAGGCCCACACCGCCCCUCUGGAGGUCUUUUUGGCCACGCAGAGCAUGAGCGAGUUCUUUUCCAUCUUUAGGAGGGAGAAGAUUGACCUCCAGGCACUGCUGCUUUGCUCCGACCAGGACCUCAAGAGCAUCCACAUCCCUUUAGGACCAAGGAAAAAAAUCUUGGACGCCUGCCACAGACGCCUCGAGACCAUAGAGGACCCGGAGUGUAUCGAGGACACUGAACUGUGA